AGAGAGAAAAUAUCACAUUUUGUGUUUAUUAAGUCAUGAAAAAAUAUAUAUUAAAUUUGAUGUUUUAUUGCAUGUAAAAAACUCUUAUUUUUAGAAACGAUAUAUAAAUACGUAUGCACGCAGAUACUUUAUAUGCAGAUUUUAAAAAAACAUUCUAACAUUCUUUCAGGUAUUCAAAUGUGUUUACUUUUUUAUUGCUUACAAAUAAUGAUGCUUUUGAAUAGAAACAAAAUGUAUUGCUACUUUGGUAGUCACAAUCCAGUUUCAGUCCUUUAAUGCUUAUCAUCACAUGUUGCACUUUAACCCCCCCACCCCCCAAAAAAAUCUGUUUCAUGCAGUAAUUGAUCUUAUUAUCUUAGGUAAUGCAUAUAAUGUCAGGCAGGCUUGGCAAAUCUAUGGCUUGCGGUCCAUUUACCUUUUCCAUUUGUGCGCAGAAACACCAAAUCUUAACUCACAAAUGCUCCGAGCACAUCAUCACAAUGUCUCCAAGCCUGCCUCUCAGGUGGCUUAUUCACAGCGGCGGCGCUGAGAUAAGUUAAUUGCGUUGCAUGCUGGGGUUUUAGCCUUUAAGCAGCACCGUGGUUUCCCUUAUCGGGACUCAACCCCCUACCCCCAUCCAAAUGCACUGGCAUCAUUAUAGCCUGUAUUAUUAAAAGUGGUAGAGAGGGGGUGGGGGGGGGGGGGGGACAAAAAUCGAUACAGGAUACCUUUUGCAGCGCUAGUGAAAACGAGGGAGAUGGUGGGGAGGGGAGAGAAGGGGGCAGGGGAUGGCUGUGGGGUGGGGUGGGGGGGGGGUUGUGGUGGGUGGUGAUGUGUUAGUAGUAGCGGCUCCUGAGCUGCCUCAGUGUUGCAGGCAGCCUGGUGUGGCAGAUCGCUACAAUCGUGCAAGGGAGGCGGGUCGAGUGAGCUGGCUGCUGCAUACCGGGAGGGGUCGGGGGGGGGGGCUUUCCCCAAAAAAAUAGAAAAAAGAAAAACAAAACAAAACAAAUAAGACUCGAAUGAGACACACACACAGGCGGAUGGACGAAGUGUAAGUUGUUUUUCCCUCGGGUCGAUCUCCCCGUUGUUUGUUGUUUAUCUAUCGAUUGAUUGCGUUUUAAUUACAGGGGGAAGAGGGGCGGAGGGGCGGAGAUUCGGGGACGAGCGCUCGACUGUACUGUGUGCUUGUACGUGCGCGCCCUCGGGUGCGUGCGCGCCUUUUAAUUAACAAACCGGUGCAUUUCUCUCCGUUUUUUUUAAAAAAAAGCUAGCUAAAAACUAAUGUAUUUCGAAGUAAACGUACGCCAAAUAAAUAGCUCCGAGCCAAAUAUAACCACACAGUAAGACUUUAUCUCCAAGUGUAAUUAUUACCGACACGAAUGCUGUUUUCGUGUCGUCUUUUGUCUUUAUUCAAGCUAAUAACCAAAGCUAACCCUCUUAGCGCGCUAGCGACUGUUUUUACGCCUUUUUAUAAUAUUGGCGUCACGGGAUUCACCUCCAGGGGCCUCCAUGUUAGUCGCCCCCCCAAAAAACAGUCCUCUUUGUCUCGACCCAACUUUUGCUCUCGUCUAUCCGUCUGUGUGGCGUCCUAACAGGUUCUAUGCACAUUCACGCCGACUUAAGUCAAUAAAAGUGCCGAGGGAGGGCUUCAUGUGUACGCACCAAGCGGCGAGCCUUCCACGCCGAACCGCCUCCCGAAGCAGCGCCGAGACUCCGGCGGGGACCGAGCUCGCCCCGGCUCCUCCGCAUUCGCAGCCGAACCCAAAGAAAGAAGCCCAAGCCGGAGGAAGAUCAUGUUUGUCCCCCUGCCAGUGCCGUUCGUCUUUCAAAGAGCUGCUCCGGACCUCAGCGCCUGGCGUCUCAAGUCCCCCCUGGCUCUCCGCUCCAACUCCGAAAUCAGGAUGCCAAGGCCAGCUGAACUUGAGAAACUUGGAGCUAACUCGCCGCUGGACAGCACAGAAUCCGAGCGCAAUGGAGCCGAAUCUAAUCACCAGGCUCAGUCAAUGAAGGUCAAUCCCUUUUCCCUUUCACCGAGCCUGAGCGGCGGCAAGAAUAAGAUGGAAGAGUGUGGCGAACCAUCCCCGGCACUGACUCCCUCUCACGGGCCCACCCCCUCCCAGACGGCGCUGCAACACACACAACUCAUGCUGACCGGCUCCCAGCUUGCGGGGCUCACGGCUCUGUUGCCGGCGCAGCAGCAGCUCCUGUUGCAGCAGGCCCAGGCUCAGCUGCUGGCCGCCGCCGUGCAGCAGUCCAGCGCCGCGCACGCCGCUCACGCCGCCCACGCCGCCGCCCAGGCCACGCAGCAAGCUCAGGCAGCGGCCGCCGCGGCAGCCAAUCAGCAGGCCCACAAGCGGCAGCAGCAGCAGGCGCAGCAGCAGCAGGCGGGACAAACAGGCCAGCAGGGUCAGGGACAGAGCACACAGGAACACACUGCCCAAAGCGUCCCUGCCCCACCUCCUCCACCCCAGCUUGCCCUCUCUCAGCCAAUCCAGCUCACCGCCCAGGACAUCCAGCAGUUACUGCAGCUCCAGCAGCUGAUGUUGGUGCCCGGCCACUCGCUGCCGUCACCUGCGCAGUUCCUCCUCCCGCAAGCGCAGCAGAGCCAGCAAGGACUCCUAUCGACACCAAAUCUUAUUCCGCUACCUCAACCAAACCAAGGGAGCCUACUGUCUGCUCAGAGUCGAAUGGGACUGCAAGCACAGCGAGACAAGAGCAUGGAGGUGAGCGCAGGGGGCGGAGGAGGCCUGACCUCGGUAGCCCCCGUGCCCUCUCACCCCGAGGAGCCCAGCGAUCUGGAGGAGCUGGAGCAGUUCGCCCGCACUUUCAAACAGAGACGCAUCAAACUGGGCUUCACGCAGGGAGACGUGGGCCUGGCCAUGGGGAAGCUGUACGGCAACGACUUCAGCCAGACCACCAUCUCCCGCUUCGAGGCCCUCAACCUGAGCUUUAAGAACAUGUGCAAGCUGAAACCGCUGCUGGAGAAGUGGCUCAACGACGCAGAGACCAUGUCCAUCGACAGCACCCUUCCCAGCCCCAGCUCGCUGUCCUCGCCCUCGCUGGGCUUCGACGGCAUGCCCGGCCGCCGCAGGAAGAAGAGAACCAGCAUCGAGACCAAUGUACGCGUUGCCCUGGAGCGUGCUUUCUUGACGAACCAAAAGCCUACCUCAGAGGAGAUCCUGCUGAUCGCUGAGCAGCUCAACAUGGAGAAGGAGGUGAUUCGCGUGUGGUUCUGCAACCGCCGGCAGAAGGAGAAGCGCAUCAACCCCAGCAGCUCCACCCCUCCCCUGCCCAGCCAACCCGCCAAUGCCCCCGCCUGCGCACAACCCCACCUGCUACAGCCCGUGAUGACCAGCAACCAGCUGUCCCAGGCCGUGACCAGUCUCAGUAGCACAGCGGCGACCACCAUGUCCCCGAUCUGCCCUUUGACCUCCAGCCUCACCUCUAGCUCCGCCCCAUCCCCAGUGACACCUCCUCCGGCUCCUCCCGCCGCUCCUCCGCGCAGCACGGCCAGCCCGGCCACCCUCGGCCACAGCGCCCUCAAUCUUAACGCCGGCUUGUGGCGUGUGGGUAAAAAGAACGGCGAGGUGUCGAGCUACAUCAGCGACUUCGCUGCAAACUUGAGGAACACUGUGAUGGGUGUUAACACGGGGAUGAACCAAGCCCUCCUCGGUAACAAUCCCCUGGCCACUAUUCAAGCCCUGGCGGCCAGUGGUGGCCAGCUGCCCCUUUCCAGUCUUGAGGGCGGCGGCAAGAUGAUGCUGGGGGCAUCGGGCGGCCAGGGCGGCGGCUUGGCGUCCUCCCUUUUCCUCAACCACCCGGCCCUCCUCCACAUGGGCCAGGGCCCGGGCGCCGGCCUGCUGAGCGCGGCCGUGGCCAAGGCCUCGCGCCCUUCUCCCUUCGCCCCCUCGGCCAGCAGCAUCAGCCCCACCCUUUGCUCCCCCUCCCCCUGCUCCAGCCCCGCCUCCUCCUGCUCAUCCGGCGAAAUGGCACACAGCCCCAAGAUGGAGUGACAGCGCCGGGCGGCCAAUCAGAGAGGAGGAAGGAAGAAAGCCGGGCCUCUCUGGCCUUUCACACCAAAGCUAGCUCUUCCUCUCCCUUGCGCUUUUCUUCUUCUUCUUCUUCUUCUCCCGACGCCCUCCGUCCUUCCCUCCUGCGCUUUCCGAUGCCAAAAAAACCCACAGAAGAGGAGCGAAGGAGGGAGGGAAAGAGUUGGGGGAGAAGGGGGGAGGGGCGGGAAGGGGAAGACCGAAACCAAAAAUCUUUUUUUUUUAGUUUGUUUCAUUAGCAUCAGCGCGGCACCUCGACGCUCUCUGAGCAAGAGAAGAAAAAGCGGAGAGGCCUGCCAUCCGCCGCCGAAACCAAAAAUGACAAAAGAAGACCACGGAGGAUUUUUAAAAUCUAUUUAUUUUGCGGGUCUGAUGAGAAAAGCGGAGGAGGAGACGCUUGAAACCAAAAAUAGACCUGAGGAGGAGGAGGAGGACGAACACACAAUGACAAAAAAAAAAAAAAGACAACCAUACCAAAAUCCCAAAUACCAAAAAGUACGGAGAGAAAAGCUUUAUUCCAAGGACAUGUAAAUAAAUAGUCAAGCUAUCCAGGACCAGGACUCCACUGCUACACGUGCAUUGUCAGCCAUUUCAUCAAGAUGCUACAAUUAGCUUCGCAUUGCCUUUAGAUGUAGCUCAUCAUCAUCAUCAUCAUCAUCAUCAUCAUCUCAUCGCCUCUUGGAUCGGAAGCCGCAAUCGCUCAGCGCUGCCCUUUCGCCAAUCAACCCGUUUCCAUGUCGUCAUCCAUCGCAGCCAUCCGUCCACACGUCCCGCUGCCAUUUUAAUGCUCAAAACGGAAACCAAAGCAUCCCCCCCCCCCCCAAGGCUUCGAGUUCUUCUCCAAGAGCCUCGUCUGAGACCCUUGACACCCUGACGAGUUCGCGGCGGAAUGGGAGUACAAACCAGGACUCGGUACCACAAACCGUCAUGACCGGGGUCAGAAGCGCAACUUUAAAUCCCCGCAUGGAAAGUUUCCCGGUUGAAUAACAAAACGGGAUGGUUCAGUUGCACCACCUGUGGCGCAGGUUUGUCGGACCAUGUUCGGGGUAAGUCGGUUGAACCCCCGAAAAUGGGUCAGUUUUUGCCCAGUGGACUGCUCACCGGGCUUAGGGUGGGACACACGGCUGUGACGUCACACCUUUUCUAAAGGGAUACCAAAAAUAAACCCAAACCAAAAAGAGACAACGACAAAAAAAAAGAGGACUGAACAAAGCAAACCAAAAAUCACCAACCAAAAUGUGUGCGGAGGGAGGAGGGGCGGCGCCAUCAGUGUGUAGCACAGGCGGAGCGCCAAAUAUCUGCCAGGCGGGGGGGGCCCCCCCCACUCCAGCCUCCCUCUGCGGCCCCGCGGAUGGAAGCAAACGCGAACGACCUCACUGAACUGAGUUUUCUUUUCAAAGAAAUCCUUCGCUUUUGUCGGGUUGCCGUGAUGCCGUUUUAUUGUACUGUACCUUUUAGUGCUUAUGACCACUCGUUUUGAACAACCCGCUCGCUUACGACACAAAGCUCCUUAUUUUAUUUGGGUUUUUUUUUUGUUGGUGUGCUAAAAAAAAUAAUAAUAAUCAGGUGGUUGGAUAAACAAAAAAAAAAAAAGCUUCCAGAAUUUUGUCCAAAAACCAAACAAACCAAAUACGCAUAAAGUGACGGUCAGGCCAAACGGAGCAGUUUAGUAUGUUUGGGCUGUUCUCGUGAGCACCAAAUUAUGAGACAUUAUGUCGCCAUGAUGACUUUCCAGGCUCGCUGGCGCCCCCCACAGUCGCAGGCAGGCAUUUACCCAAAGAUGACUCGGCUUCCACGCGGAGUUUGGCUCCUCGAAGGUCAAGCCUUUUUGUCCACGUGGACUCUUAGACGGAAUGUAUCUGUUAGUGCUUCUAUAGAAUUUUUGUAGUACCAAAAAAAAAGAAAAAAAAGAUCUAUGUUCUACUACUGCUUACUUAUUGCCAAUGUAUUUAAAAAAAGAAAAGAAAAAAAAAGAUACUUAAAAACAUUGACUUGAUUUUAGACCAAAUCGUUUAACUAUCUCUCUCUCUCUCUUAUUUUGAAAUUUAGACUUUUGAUUGUACUAUUUAUUCAGGGUAGGGUUGAGUUUUGUUCCUUGCUAUUUAUUUAACUUAUUUUGUUUUCAUAAUCUUCUGGGAUGGAUGCGACGAUGUUGUUCACCCCCACCCCCACCCCCCGAACCCCCCCGCCGAUUUACUUCAAACCAAAUGCAAUGAGAAGCUUUCUCGUGACUUUGAAAAUGCAGGCGGUACUCGGUUUACGGCGGUCCCGGCGUACGAGCUUUCCGAACGUUGCGCUUGGAACUUGGAAUUUGGUGCUCAGUCACCACCGUACUUACCGUUUUUUUUUCUCGUAUGUUUUAUAUUGAUGGCCUGGAAGUGUUUGUCGUGUAAAUAUUCACUGUAAUUAUGACUACUCCAUUAGCGUAAGUUCGUGGUUGACUGUGGCGUAUCAUUUUGGCUUAUGCCGUCGUAAACCGAGGACCCCCUGAAGAUUUUUUAUUUUUAUUUUUUUUUGUACAGUAACGUGUUUGUAAGCAGAGCAAAAAGUUGACCUUGGCGUGUUGAAACGUUUUUCUCCGCAGAGAAACUAUGAAAGCUUUACUGCUGUGUGACCAAAAAAGACGCAAAACACAAAGGAUGUUUUUUUUUUUUAAUUGUGAAUCAAUUUCGUCCCGUAAACUUUUCCUUUGUUUUGUUGAUCUUUUGUUUUUCUUCAUCCAAGUGGUGGAUGUAAAAGAGAGAGUUCAUCAUAUACCUCAUAUUCUCUGAUGAUAAACCAAAUAGAUGAAUGCUUUAAACAAACAAAAAAAAAUGUGGUUGUGGGGGAUGACUCCAGGAUGUUGUGCUGACGCAAGUUUGGGGUCUGACACGUGUGCCUCUUUCACACUUGGGAGCUCUGAAAAAAAUUCGCACAACGCAACCAUAACAGAGGAUCCAGCGCUCAUCUGCCUUUUGCGCUUUCACACGUCGCAGCUCCGUGGCCGAAAAAGCGAUGAUGUCAUUGCAAACACCUGUCGCGAUGUCGGCGGCGGUUUCACACCGCACGCAAAAAAAUCAGGCGCUGCUAAAAUUGCUUUGAAUUUGGUCUUUACGAUUGUUCUGAAAAGCCAAAUUGGCUGAAAUUCGUCAAGUUCUCCCCCGGUCCUGCAGGUGGCAGUAUUGCAAAUUUCGCUAUUAUUAGCUAUUCGUCUCUGUGUGCCCUGCGAUUGGCUGGCAACCGGUUCAGGGUGUCCUCCGCCUACUGCCCGAAGACAACCGGGAUAGGCUCCGGCACCCCCCCCCCCCCCCCCCCCCACCCCAGCCCUGCGACCCUUGUGAGGAUAAAGCGUAUCGGAAAAUGGAUGGAUGAAUGGAUAAUGCGCUCGGUGUGAAAGGGGCUCUUGUCAGCACACACAACACGUGCAACCCCGACAACCGCUGCCCUUGGAAAAGCCUCGCUCUCCACGUUGAGCUUUGAAGGCCGCCCUCUCCUCUUACCCUGGAUGCUUCCUUCCUGCCAGCGACUUGCCAAUCUGGCCCAAAAAGGAAUCUGUUCACAACUCGAAGAGCUUCUCGGGGGGGGGGGGGGGGGGGGGGCUUACAGAGCGGCUGCGCAGAAUCAGGAAGCGGGUCCGGGGUAACCGGGGAAGGGCGGCCGGACGGCGGUCGCCAGGUGGCACGUUCAACCCCCCCCGGUGAAUCUCUGUUGGAGACAUUCAUAUUUCUCUGUCCAGGCGAGGGGGCGCCGCGGCGUGGAGGUGAAACUCAGGCUCCCGGGGCGGGGGUUGCCCCUCUUUCACGAAUGAUACCAAAGUCUAUGCCCCGCCCCCAGAGAAUGCGGCGCUCCCGCUUCCUGACGUCGGCUCCACGCCGCUUCACCUCUGCCAGACUUUGGCAGCUUCAUUGCUGAAUGUGAACAUUUCCUCUCUUCAAAUGUUUGCCGCCGUUAGUGUAGAAAAGCACAAACCAGAUUUUUUUUGUUUGUUUUAAACAACUUGGAAUGUCACUCAUUUUUACUUUUGGGCUAGGUUUCGCACUUCGCUACUGUUCUUUAGUCUUAGGUUGAGAUCGUGGUUUCUUUAAAAUUUGAAUCUUGGGCUUUUGCUUUAAAAGGCUUAAAUAGGUGCUUUCAAUAUGAUUAAAAGUGUUUCAGAAAAGGAAUGAAACUGCUGGGAGAAGGUGAUAGCAGCUAACUAGCAUUCCGCUAUGUUGCAGUCCUCCGACUUCUGUCAUCACUUUUCUUCCGUCUUCUUUCGAUGCAACUUUUGUCCAAAGCUUUUUCUCACAGCCAUGCGUUCCCAAAACAAGUCCCACGUUUCAAAGAAUCAAACCAAAGAGUUCGAACUUUCUCGAUUCCUCUCUCAAAUCAUGUCACCUAGCGACCUGCCUGCCGCUCUUUUACAACCUCAGCAAAUCCAAAGGGAAAUAAUGAAGAUAAUGAUGAUGAAAUGUAUAUUUUUGAGUAUUUGUCAUUGGGGGGACGGGGGGGGGGGGGGUAAUCUGAGUUAGGAUUAUCUUGACGACAAUGAUAAUGAAAUUUCUCUUGGUAUCUUUGUAGCUGUUCCGACCCUUCUUGAGUUCAAGUCCUUUUUCUGCCAAAGUACAGUAUACCCCUACCUUCCGGCCCCCCUUUGGCCCCGAUGUUUACUCCCAACGGUGUAUUCGAGUGUGUGUUGGCGUGUUUGUUGAGGGGGUUCUCUGGGAGUGAUCAUUUGCCAACUUCCUCGUUCGUGUAGUUUUAUUUGCCCCUGUCAGUCUGCGGCGAAUAUGUUUGAACGUAUGGAUGAUAUCUUGCUCCUUGACUUCCUAUUGUGUCUUCCAUCAUGUAAGCCCACCCGCCCCAAACCCUCGUAGUAGCGAUUUUUUUUAGUGUUUAACUUGACCCCCCCUCCACCCUUAAAAAAAAACAAAAAAUACUCUGCUUGUUCAUUGUACAGUGUUGUUCAUUUUAAGUCAUUUUUGUAACUGAACGUGUUUCAUUCAUCCAAAUAAAAACAGGAGACAAAAGCUA